AUGGUGAAGUUCACGGCCGAAGAGCUCCGUGCCAUCAUGGACAAAAAGAACAACAUUCGUAACAUGUCUGUUAUUGCUCAUGUGGACCAUGGCAAGUCUACGCUUACAGAUUCCCUUGUGGCAGCUGCUGGGAUUAUUGCCCAGGAAGUUGCUGGCGAUGUUCGCAUGACUGAUACUCGUGCAGACGAAGCAGAGCGUGGUAUUACAAUCAAAUCUACUGGUAUCUCUCUUUACUAUGAGAUGACUGAUGAGUCACUGAAGAACUACAAGGGUGAGAGAGAUGGUAACCAAUACCUGAUCAACCUUAUUGACUCGCCUGGGCACGUUGAUUUUUCUUCGGAAGUCACAGCUGCUCUUCGCAUCACCGAUGGUGCUCUGGUGGUGGUUGACUGUAUUGAAGGUGUCUGUGUGCAAACUGAAACUGUGCUUCGCCAAGCCCUUGGUGAGAGGAUUAGGCCAGUUCUUACCGUGAACAAGAUGGACAGGUGCUUCCUUGAGCUUCAGGUUGAGGGCGAGGAAGCUUAUCAGACUUUCUCCCGUGUCAUUGAGAAUGCCAAUGUCAUUAUGGCAACAUAUGAAGAUACGCUCCUUGGUGAUGUCCAAGUGUACCCAGAGAAGGGGACUGUUGCUUUUUCUGCUGGCCUGCACGGAUGGGCCUUUACCCUCACUAACUUUGCCAAGAUGUAUGCAUCUAAGUUUGGAGUUGAUGAAGCUAAGAUGAUGGAGAGGCUUUGGGGUGAGAACUUCUUUGACCCUGCCACAAAGAAGUGGACCACCAAGAACACAGGCUCUCCUACCUGCAAGAGAGGAUUUGUUCAGUUCUGCUAUGAGCCAAUCAAGCAAAUCAUCAAAACCUGCAUGAACGACCAGAAGGAGAAAUUGUGGCCCAUGCUGCAAAAGCUCAAUGUUACCAUGAAGGCUGAUGAGAAGGAAUUGAUUGGCAAAGCUUUGAUGAAGCGUGUUAUGCAAACGUGGCUACCAGCUAGCACUGCACUGCUCGAGAUGAUGAUAUUCCACCUUCCUUCCCCGUCAAAGGCUCAAAAGUAUCGUGUGGAGAACUUGUAUGAGGGACCCCUUGAUGAUGUCUAUGCAACUGCUAUCAGAAACUGUGAUCCGGAGGGUCCUCUUAUGCUGUACGUUUCGAAGAUGAUCCCAGCAUCUGACAAGGGCAGGUUCUUUGCCUUCGGUCGUGUCUUCUCAGGGAAGGUUGCUACUGGUAUGAAGGUUCGGAUCAUGGGUCCCAACUAUGUCCCUGGCCAGAAGAAGGAUCUGUAUGUCAAGAGUGUCCAGCGUACUGUUAUCUGGAUGGGAAAGAAACAAGAGUCGGUUGAGGAUGUUCCUUGUGGUAACACUGUUGCUAUGGUUGGUCUGGAUCAGUUCAUCACGAAGAAUGCUACACUCACUAAUGAGAAGGAGGUUGAUGCAUGCCCAAUCAGAGCAAUGAAGUUCUCUGUCUCUCCUGUUGUGCGUGUUGCUGUUCAGUGCAAGGUUGCCUCUGACCUUCCCAAGCUAGUCGAAGGUUUGAAGCGUCUGGCGAAGUCCGAUCCUAUGGUUCUCUGUACAAUGGAAGAGUCUGGUGAGCAUAUCAUUGCUGGAGCUGGUGAGCUUCAUCUUGAGAUUUGCCUGAAGGAUCUGCAGGAGGACUUCAUGGGUGGUGCUGAAAUUAUUGUUUCCCCUCCUGUUGUGUCCUUCCGGGAAACCGUUCUUGAGAAGUCCUGCCGUACUGUCAUGAGCAAGUCUCCCAACAAGCACAACCGUCUGUACAUGGAGGCGCCCCUUGGAGGAGGGGGUGGUGGCCAGGUCAUUCCAACUGCCAGGAGGGUCAUCUAUGCUUCUCAGCUCACGGCCAAGCCAAGGCUGCUGGAGCCAGUGUACCUGGUGGAGAUUCAGGCCCCAGAAAAUGCACUUGGUGGUAUCUACGGUGUUCUGAACCAGAAGAGAGGGCACGUCUUCGAGGAGAUGCAGAGGCCGGGUACCCCGCUCUACAACAUCAAGGCUUACCUCCCUGUCAUCGAGUCCUUUGGGUUCUCCAGCCAACUGAGGGCUGCAACCUCUGGUCAGGCGUUCCCCCAGUGUGUCUUUGACCAUUGGGACAUGAUGGGCUCUGAUCCUUUGGAGGCUGGCUCCCAGGCUGCUCAGCUGGUGCUGGAUAUCCGCAAGAGGAAGGGUCUGAAGGAACAGAUGACCCCUCUCUCUGAGUUUGAGGACAAGCUCUAA